GGAGUAGGAAGUGGCGUCAUCACUGGGCGCCCGGCAGAAGGCAGCAGUCUAACCAGGAGAAAGAGGAUGCUGAGCCGGCUACAGGAGCUCCGCAAGGAGGAGGAAACGCUACUGCGUCUAAAGGCGGCCCUACACGACCAACUGAACCGCCUCAAGGUGGAAGAACUGGCCCUCCAAUCCAUGAUAAAUUCUCGAAGAGGGACUGAGACGCUCUCUUCUCAGCCUGCACCUGAACAGUUGUGUGAUAUGGCAGUGCAUGUAGACAAUGAAGCGUCCAUCAACCAAACCACACUGAAGCUGAGUACAAGGAGCCCUAUGGAGGAAGAGGAGGAGGAGGAAGAGGAAGAAGAAUCUGAUUCCUAAAGGGGAACAAGAGCUAGGAUGAGAUGCACGUCUGAACAGAGACAAGCAUGGGAGAGGCCUGAAAGCAACAUGGCAUGCCGCUGGGCAGAGGAGUUCCUCUUGUGCUGUUUCCCAAAGGUUCAGAUGCUAGCGGCGUGGGUUGGUGUGCUGGGCUGGUUAAGCCCAAUGGUGGAACAGAGCCAACCUGCGAAGUCCACCUCCUCGGCAUCAGAUCUCUUGAUGAAAGCAUGAACCUGUGUGCAGAAAACAGAAAGAAAGUGCUGUUAAAAACUACCAGGAAGGAAAAGCAAGACUCUCAGCCUGGGUACCACUUGCUUCUAAAUGUUCUCCCUUGAGCAGCAAGUAGGCCAGCUACAUACAGCCCAAAGACCCUCUGCCGCAUGUAUAAGCUGUUCAGCCCUGGGGCAGCCUUGUCUGUCUGGGCAACUCCGGCUUGUUAGAAGGUUCGCUACACUCAAGGCUACUCAAGGCAUGGCGUCUGGAUCCUAAAGUAUCCCAUUCCUGUGCCACUGUCGUCAAAUUACUAGAUGGAAACUCAGGAUGCUGGCAAUGUGAGGUGAACCAGUCAGAACUAGGGGGGAAAAAAAAGGGGCCUGUCCUCAGGAAGGUUGUGGGCUGGUCCCCCUGUAACUCAUAGGAGGGCUGAGGAGACUGACGCCUGCACUGUGCAGCCCCAAUCCUGACUGAAGAACGGGGUGGGGCAGGGCAGAAAAAUGGCUGAGUCAGAUGAAUAAACAGGCUCUAUGAGACUCACCAUGAGCUGCUUCA